AUGACUGAUGUUGCUGGACUUGUCGUCGGUGUUGCCACCCUAUGGCAAUCCUGCGUUCAAGUUUACGAGGUUGUCGACUCGACGCGCCAAUAUGGGAUGGAAUUCGAGCUCCUGAAUGUCAAGCUUGCGGUUGAGCGCGUCCGCCUGAUUUGCUGGGGUGACGCAGUAGGUCUCGGCAAUAUACGGACCGGAAGACCCAGCGGAGAGCCUGGAUCUAAUCCAGACGCGCGGCUUUACCGUGAAGAAGUACGCAGCACAACACUCCGUCUAUUGGGCUGUAUUCAACACGUGUUUGAGAAUACGGACAGGUUGCAGGGCUACUACGGCUUACAACCAGCGAGCCCAGCCCUGACUGGAGGCGAAAGUCAAGACUUGCCGCUGUCGCAGAGCCAGAGGAUCCUAGACGGGGUUUUCAAGCGCGCCUACGAUAAUCUACGCCGUAUAGCGCGGGAACGACAGCGCGAGACGCCCUUGGUGCGCAAGACGGUAUGGGCGGUGCGCGACCGCAAAAAGUUCGAGGUGCUCGUCGCUGAGCUACGUGGCUUUAACGACGGUCUCGAGAGUCUGUUCCCAGAAGCGCAGCUGAGGGCAGCCGAGGCCAUGAAGAGCGAUAUUAACACGGCUCUCCAGGUGCGGGAGCUGCAGCUGCUGCAGGAGGCUACGGCCGGGGAGCAUGAACCACUUUCGGAAUGUGCGAGCCUGCGACUCGAGGCACUUGGCGCAACGGAAUCCGCUAGGACUGAAUUGCUUUCAAAGACACGGAGCGAAAACGGCAGCCAAGCGACGGCCGAGAAUGUUGUAGCGGAGGGACAGGAGGACGUAGAUGAGGAGGUUCCGCUGGAUGGCCGACAAAGCGGUGAGGAAGAAGAUGAGUUGUCUAAACGGCUUAAGGAAGUUGAGUUGUACGUGGAGCGAAAGAGCGUAGGCGCCCUGACCCUUGGCCUCAUUGGGCCUUCUCCUGGACUCGCACGCGUUUCCGCACAUGUUUAUUGGGAUGGCGAUAAGCGAGAUGCAUCAUUCUCAUCCUAUUGGGACGACCAGGACAAGGGCUUUGUAUCGACAACGCACACAGCAUUUGAGAUGUACAAGAAGAAAUAUAUGAGGAAACGGUCUCAGGACAAGUACGAGCCACUUGAUGAUGAGGACUAUACAUUGCUCGACCCCGAGAGCCACGCCAAGUUUGAGAACCUCAAUCCCGGCACCGUCACGGUGGAGGGCUACGGGUUGGAGUGCUGGGACUUCGAGAAAACUAAGCCUAGGGAGCAUACAGUAAUGGUCAGCUACGCUAAACUACCCGAGGCGCCCGCUAGAAAACUACUGCGCAGGUUAAAUGAACUGCAAACGGAACCGGGCAAGUUCGGGUGGAGCCCAGAGAAGGAGGAAUUGGACCUGAAAGAGUUCGUCGGGACCUUAGGCAUCGUAUACUACGAGCCAAAGUAUGCACAGGACCGGAACCGAUGGGUCGGCGACCUGUACAGCCUACUUAAUCGCACCGACAUCUUUGCCGACUUUACGACCGCAUCGAGCGUGGGGUUGCGAUGGGCGACCCCAGGAGACGAAAAUUGCAUCGGGCUUUGGAACUUCCUGCGGCAGAUUAUUAUAGGACGAGAGCUAGCGGUACGACUGAAACACCUCGAUGGAGGGAUGUCGUAUUCUGGCUUCACGGAACGGAUCCUUGCAACUCUCAUCAUCUCCGAGCUGUGGCUGAAGCACGUCCAGAUCGUACUCAAGGACGAGAAGUUGCUGACUGAUGGCGUGAAAGGGCCAGAGACCGCGGAAGAAAGGGCCAAGGCAGAAGACUUCAAGAGUAAGGGCAACGAGGCACUGAAGAAGAAUGAGUUUCAAAAGGCCUUGGACCUCUAUACCGAAGCCAUUAAAAUCGAUCUCGGCAAUACCGUGUAUCGCUGCAACAGAUCAGCAGCCCUAUUGGGACUGGAAAAGUACGAAGAGGCGGAGGAAGACGCCUACGUGGCGACGCAGCUUGACCCUAAAUAUGCCAAGGCGUGGUCUCGACUGGGCAUGGCCAUGCUCAAGUUAGGCCACGGCAAACGAGCCAAGAAGGCCUACGAACGAGCGUUACAAGUCGCAGGCAAGGACGCCACGACGCAAAUGCACCAAGGAUUAGCUGGCGCUAAGAAAUUGAUCACUGAGACAGUCAAGGCCAUCAACUCGGAAACAGACAAGGAGAAGCAACAUGGCCUAGAAUCCAGCUUCCUAGACGAAGACUGGGAGAUAGUCGGGAAAACACCCGAGUUCCAUUCCAGUAUUCACGAACAGCAAGUUGAGGGACUCCUCGUUUUUGCCGAACGCAUGAAAUGGCCCUAUAUCAACGAAGUCCGCGACUAUGCCGAGGACAUCUACAGCAAUCUCCGUGCCGGCGAAAUCAUCAACAUCAACCUCCAUGACUGGCUAUAUGGAACGAUGCUUCCGGGGAAAUGGUUCUCCUUCAAGAUAAUGACAGCGUUGAUCUUCUGCACGCCCAGCAUUGAUGUGAACAAGGUUGCCGUAGCCCCCUAUUACGACUGUGGGCUAUCGCUACCAACUCGAUCCUACUGGCGGGUGAGAACGGUGCUCGGACGCGUGCUCGGCUGCUUGCCUGGCGUCAUCUCUCUCUGCGGGUGGAUUGGGCCGUGCCCGCGGGUCGAAUUCGACCCACCCGUUCAAGGGGACAAGCCGCGACACAUUCGCAUCAAAACCCGGCGCGUUGCCCUGACCGACUGCAACUCGGACUCCGACAACGCCGUCAUCCACAUAGGGAGCAGAUACGCCCGGCAGGAAGCAACACGCAUACAGCCGAAUGAGGAAGUCGGGUCGUACCUGGCCGAAAUGAGGGACCCGAGCAACUGGGUAGUACCGGAGCCACCGGUCAGGGACGUUGGCACCUGCGAAAUCGAAUCUAUACGGCUGAAGAGGCUCGCGCUAGAUAUCAAUGUGGCGCAAAAUGUCGCUAAGGGCAUGCUGGACGAUCUGGGCGUGGAACUCAAGACUGAGUACCGGGCGAGCAUUACAUUCAAAAUGGACAAUAACGAGAGUGCUGUCACAUAUAAGUUGUUCACCAACCCGGUCUUUGUGACCCCUCCGCCCUGCAGGCCUGGCCCCAAAGGGGCCCACGAGGUCCACAUAAGGGAGCUACCGCGGUUCCAAAAGAACAUCUGGUCGAUUGAACGGCUGAAGGACCAUACCGCCGAGGACUCCGAUGAUGACGAAGUCAUGGUCAUCAACGCCACAGGCAAGGGUGCUGAAGUCCUGGCUAGGGCGUGGUGCUCCGAGAGGGGGAAAAGUGCGGUGAUCCGUCGUAUAGGUGCAUCCGGUUGCGGCGCCAUGAUCGUGGCUGGCACGAAAGCGCCGACUCUGGCGGGGAUGGAAGAAGAGGAAGGAAGAUGGGCUCCAGGCACCUUUGGAUGA